AUGCUAAAAAAAUGCUGUCAAUUUGAAAUUGACAAUCUCAACUUUUGUUUAAAAUCGGCUAUUUUCUAGAAGACAAAUCCCUAGAUAAACUUUAAUAUAACAAAUAAAACAAUUUACAUUCAAAAGUAGGAAGCUUCUAAUAGACCUAUGUGUUAGGAUUACACUAAAUUCAAGAUUUAAGAAUAAUAACUGAAUGGUAAGAUUUAUUCUUAGAAUAAUUAAAUUCGAUAUGAGGAUUUCAGUAAAUCUCGAAUGGGCAGAGUAGCUAAUAAGAAAUGA